AUGGAUCCCGUUCGGCAGGCCAAUCUCAGUGCCUACGUGGCGAGUGCGCCUAAGACGGGCAGCGCAUGCACCUUCACCGCGCUCUUCGAGAAGAAACAGCUCCUUGAGGCCCGGCGCAAGAGGAGUACCAUGACCUUCAUGGAGAGGAUGGAGGUGGACUCCGAACAUCGGCAGGCACUGGCGCAGGUGACUGAGAUGCGACGAAAUGAGGAUCACCGCAAGGCUUUAGACCGCCUCAUCGAGGGCAUGCGCCCAGAGCCUCAGGUCGGAGGUCCCAAGAUCGUGAAGCACAACGGCAAAGCGCUCCAUCAGGGUCAUGAUCGCAAGCUGAAUUGGGCGCCACUGGAGUGCUACUGA